AUGCUUCCAUUUCAGAGCUAUUCUUUGCCCUUGCUGGCAGUCCUGUUACUUGGCUCAGCUGCAGGCAGCAAGUUUGGCCAAACCUUGAGAUCUGGGAGCACCUCCAAUUUCUACCCAUUUGGUCCAUCUGCCGGGGAUAGGGCCAACCCAAAAGUUGACGAUGGCGGCUCCGGUCAGCUGUCUGUGUCUCUCCCUGCUGGUUUCCGCUACUUUGGCUCUGUAUACCACAACUUCUGGGUGAACAACAACGGCUUGGUGUCCUUCCGAGGCCAAGUUUCCCAGUUCACCCCAUCCCCCUUCCCGAUUCAGUCCUUCCCAACUGUGGCUGUGUUCUGGGGUGACGUUGACAACAGGCAUGCAGGGGAGGUAUACUGGAGACAGACCACCUCAGAUCAGUCUCUGAUCUCCCGAGUGUCCCAGGAUAUCUUGAGAAACUACCCAGACAUCCCCAGUUUCCAAGCCCGCUGGGUUCUGGUCACAACCUACUAUGAUGUGACUUACUUUGGAGGCAGUCCAACCACCAAUCGGCAGUCAUUCCAGGCAGUGUUAGCAACAGACAGAACCUACUCCUUUGCCAUCUUCAAGUACGGUGACAUUGUUUGGACCACAGGAACUGCCAGUGAAGGUGAUCGUGAGACUGGGCUAGGUGGAAUUCCAGCACAGGCUGGUUUCAAUGCCGGAGAUGGGACAAACUACUACACUGUCCCCGGCUCGCGGUCUGCAGAGAUCGUCCAGAUAGAGACCAGGACCAAUGUUGGGCAGCCUGGCACCUUCAUGUUCAGGAUUGACCCAUUCACCAUCAUCCCUCUUGGUAACGUUAUGUCAAUUUAUUUGUUUGUCCUAGCAAAACUUCAUUUUGUAGCAUAACCUGACUGCAGAUGA